CUUAAAAUCAAACAAACGAAACAAAAAACUCAACACAGAAAGUGAAAGUAUUUGGAAUACAAAAAAGCAAGCAAAAAAAUUAAACCAACAUAAACAAAAAAACACACUUCCACAGUAUUAAGACAAGCUUUGAACUGUAAUAAACGUUAAAAACGGAAAUCUUAAAAAAGCGGAUAAAUACAAACAAAGAAACAGAAAAACAAAUUUAAAGAAUAUUUUUCCGAACGCAAUUUUAAACUAUAACGAAUAACAAAAAAAAAGUAAUUUUUCAGUUUGAACCCAUUGUGAACUUUUAAACAAAUUCUGCAACCACAAAUAGAAACAACUUCAUUGAAUUUUAUCUGCGAUUUAUUUAAAUUUUUCGUUUAUUUUUAACACGACAUUACAUAAUGUUGAAAUUCCAAGUGAAAUCACCAGGAAAGAUCAUUUUACACGGUGAACAUGCAGUGGUUUAUCACAAACCUGCCUUGGCUGCUGUAGUUGGUUUGGGCACUACAUUAAAGUUUACUGCAGCUGAGAAUGGCAAACGAGUUGUUACCGUACAAUUGGAGGCUUUAAAUACAAGUUUCGAAAUACAAGUUGACACGUUUAAUAAGUUUCUCAAACAAUGUCGUUCCAAAUUCCCGCAGGAAACCUUUGAAAGUGGUGCCCAGCUAUUGGAAGAGGUGCGCACUGAACUCAAUCGCCAACAUGAGGAAUUAUUGGAACAGGGUACUCCUAAAAAGCAACAAACUCAAAAGGCUUUUCUCUCUAUUUAUUAUCUAUUGGCGGGUGCGGUUUUAUCUUCGCCCAAAAAGGAAUUGGAAUUAACACAAGCCUUUACCAUAAACAUAGACACUGAACUAAAUUUGGGCGCCGGUUUAGGUAGCUCAGCAUCUUAUGGUGCAGCUUUGGCGGCUGCUUUUCUACUCUAUGCUCAUCAUUUCGAUUUGAAUACGUAUAAUGAACCUGAAAAUCAAGCUUUAAUUUCCACUUGGGCUUUUGAAUCGGAACGUGUUAUGCAUGGUACACCCUCGGGCAUUGACAACACCGUCUGCACUUAUGGCGGCAUGUUACGUUUCGUUAAGGGCCAAGGUUUUCAAACACUCAAAAUACAAAGACCUCUUAAUAUUUUAUUGGUAGAUAGUAAAGUUAAAAGAUCCACUGCCGAUAUAGUAGCCAAGGUACGCCAUUUGGGAGAACAAUUUCCCGAUGUUAUCAAUUCCAUUUGGAAUGCCUGUGAAGCUUUGGUUAACGAUGCCAUACCCCUGUACGAAGAAUUUGGCAAUGGCCAAGAUGACAGCGAAAAAUUCGAGAAACUAGAACGUUUAUUCCAAAUCAAUAACGAUCUAUUAAAGGCCAUUGGUGUCACACAUCCCAAAUUGGAACAAAUAUUUUCGAUUGCCUUUAAGCGUGGAUUUUUCAGUAAAUUAACCGGUGCUGGUGCCGGUGGUUAUGUGAUUGUUUUACUGCCCGAAAACUAUGCCAGCAAUGAAGUGUAUUGGAAAUUGAAAGAAGAAUUGGAGUCAGCUGGUUUUGGUGUCUUUGCUACCACGGCUGGUGGUGAAGGUUUGCGUAUGGAACAAUUGUAGUUAAAUUGUGAUGAUGUUAAAUGUAUAAUUUUACAUUAAAUAAGAACAAAUUCUUUAGAUAUUCUUUUGAUUAAUAUUGUAUAUUUUUUUUUUUAAUUAAUAACUAUUAUAUUUUGUGGACAUUCUCUCUAUAUAUAAAUUUAUAAUAAAGUAUUUUUUAUUUGUUAAAAA